AUGUGUCGUUGGUUUGCAUACAUCUCUCCAACUGAGCCAUGUCUCCUGUCCGACGUCCUUAUUACGCCUAAGCAUUCUCUCACCAACCAAGUCAACGAUCAUUACUUGCCUGGCCUCAUCGCCCACCUUCCAAACAAGAUCACCGCAGAACACGAAGCCAAUGCCCGCAACCGCGUCCUCAACGCAGACGGUCUAGGUGUAGCCUGGUACACUUCCUCCUACAGCGACUUUGAAAGAGGUAUUACUGGCGAAAGCGAAGAUGGAAAGCCGCAUGAAGGCCUCAGACCCGCCAUCUACAAGACCAUACAACCUCCCAAGGGCGACAUGAACUACCGUUCCAUCUGUGCCAAUACCGAAACUCGCUGCGUCUUCGCCCACAUUCGUGCCACAUCCGAGAGUGCCGUCGCUCAUGUCAACAACCAUCCCUUCGUAUUCGGAAAAUUCGCUUUCAUGCACAAUGGAGCAAUCUCCGACUUCACCUCCGUCAGACGUGCAAUUUGCGACAUGCUGGAUCACGACACCUAUGCCAACAUCCAAGCCAUCAAGACUGUCUGUAAUCUGCANAAGAAGAUACUUGGACCCAAGAGGAGGCCCAAUAGCUUGAACCUGGCAGCAACCGAUGGCACACAGUUGGUCGCAUGUCGCUUCCGCAACCACAAGGAAGAGCAACCCCCAAGCUUGUACUUCUCGAACAGAGCCGGCACCACAUUGAACCGCAAGUACCCUGACCAUCCCGACGGAUAUGACCAAUCGAAUAGGAGUUCGAGAAAGGACGAGCAGGAGCACGGCAAACAUGUCAUUGUUGCUAGUGAGCCCAGUACAUACAUAGAAGAGGACUGGAACAUCAUCAACAAGAAUCAAUACCUCAUCGUCCACAAGGAUGGCAGGUUUACACUGCAAAACAUGCUCUACUCCGAGUCAUGGAACGCCGACGAUGCAGAGGCUCACAAAGCGACUAUGGCUGAGGCUGAGGACCAGAAGACAAUCACUGCUGAGAUGGAAGGUUUGAAGGCUAAUUUUACUGGAGUAGAGGGUCAGAAAGCUAAUGCUGCUGGGUCGGAAGAUCAUUAUGUGCAUUAA